GCUGGGGCAGUCGCGGCGGGGCGGCCGAGCGGCUCCGGGCGGUCCCCUGCGCGGCGCUGCCGGAGAUGCGCGUCUCCCGCCGGCGCUGACUCUGCGGGACAGAGCCGGGUGUCCGCCUCCCCCGUCGUCCGUGUGACGGACCACACUGCCUCCCGGGAAUACGUCGCCGUGGUCCGGCCGCGCUGCGGGGAGGAUCACUGCUUGAUGAGCUGCAGCUGAAAUAUUUAACACUUCACACUUAUGCCAUUGGAGAUGGAGCCCAAAGCCAAUAACCUCGUUUUUGGGUGUCAGCGAAGCUCAACCUCUGAUGAUGACUCUGGCUGUGCCUUGGAGGAAUAUGCCUGGGUCCCCCCAGGCCUCAGACCAGAGCAGGUCCAGCUGUACUUUGCCUGCUUGCCAGAGGAGAAGGUCCCUUACGUUAACAGCCCUGGAGAGAAGCAUCGCAUUAAGCAACUCCUCUAUCAGCUGCCACCCCACGAUAACGAGGUGAGAUACUGCCAGUCGUUAAGUGAGGAGGAGAAGAAGGAGCUGCAGAUGUUCAGUUCUCAGCGCAAGAAGGAGGCACUGGGCCGAGGCACGAUUAAACUGCUCUCCAGAGCAGUGAUGCACGCCGUCUGUGAGCAGUGCGGUACAAAAGUAAACGGCGGUGAGGUUGCAGUUUUUGCCUCAAGAGCUGGGCCCGGUGUGUGCUGGCAUCCCUCCUGUUUCGUGUGCUACACAUGCAAUGAGCUUCUUGUUGACCUUAUCUACUUCUACCAAGAUGGAAAAAUUCACUGUGGCAGGCACCACGCUGAACUUCUCAAGCCUCGAUGUUCAGCCUGUGAUGAGAUAAUUUUUGCUGAUGAGUGUACAGAAGCUGAAGGUCGCCACUGGCACAUGAAACACUUCUGUUGCCUCGAGUGUGAAACAAUCCUGGGUGGACAGAGGUACAUCAUGAAGGAUGGGCGGCCCUUCUGCUGCAACUGCUUUGAAUCUCUCUAUGCAGAAUACUGUGAGACCUGUGGGGAACACAUUGGUGUUGACCAUGCUCAGAUGACCUACGAUGGACAGCACUGGCACGCCACAGAAACUUGCUUUUCUUGUGCUCAGUGCAAGACCUCUUUGCUUGGCUGCCCCUUCCUUCCAAAGCAAGGGCAGAUUUACUGUUCAAAAACCUGCAGCCUGGGAGAGGAUGUUCACGCCUCCGACUCCUCUGAUUCUGCGUUCCAGUCUGCUCGGUCCAGAGACUCCAGGAGGAGUGUCCGCAUGGGGAAGAGCAGCCGGUCGGCCGACCAGUGCCGCCAGUCUCUGCUCCUGACACCGGCCCUCAAUUACAAAUUCCCUGGCCUUUCAGACAAUGCUGAUGACACUCUUUCUCGUAAGCUGGAUGAUUUAAGCCUUUCAAGGGAAGAGGCAGGCUUCGUUAAUGAAGACUUCUGGAAAGGAAGAGUAGAACAAGAAAUGCCUGAAGACCCUGAAGAAUGGGCUGAACACGAAGACUACAUGACUCAACUGCUUCUGAAGUUUGGUGAUAAAAGCCUCUUCCAGCAACCCACUGAAGCAGACAUUAGAUCAAGUGAACACUGGAUUUCUGAUAGCAUGGUCAAGAGCAAGCUGGACUUGGAAAAAAACAACCCAAGCCUAGCAAGUAAGAAGUAUCAAUCAGACAUGUACUGGGCCCAGUCACAAGAUGGUUUGGGAGACUCUGCAUAUGGCAGCCACCCAGGCCCUGCCAGCAGCAGGAAAAUCCAGGAGCUAGACAUGGAACACGGGGCCUCAGGAUACAAACACGACCAAACACCGUGGUAUGGAGGUUCACUCGAAUGUUUGUCUGACCUGAAACAGCAAGAACGAAGUGUUCGAGACUCGAUGGAUUCUUUGGCUUUGUCUAACAUAACAGGGGCUUCAAUGGAUGGAGAAGGCAAGCCACGGCCAUCUCUCUACUCUUUGCAAACUUUCCAAGAACUGGAGGUGGAGGACUGUGAGAAGAUGAGCAAUAUGGGAACUCUGAAUUCUUCAAUGCUCCAUCGGAGCACUGAGUCCUUGAAGAGUUUGAGCUCAGAGUUGUGUCAGGAAAAAGUGUUGCCAGAGGAAAAGCCAGUGCAUGUGCCUGUGCUGAGACGAUCUAAAUCCCAGUCUAGACCACAACAGGUGAAGUUUUCAGAUGAUGUUAUUGAUAAUGGAAGUUAUGAGAAUCUUGAAAUACGUCAGCCUCCAAUGAGUGAAAGGACUCGUAGGCGGGUUUACCAUUUUGAGGAGCGUGGAAGUCGGCCUUCUCACCAUCGCAGAAGAAGUAGGAAGUCUCGUUCAGAUAAUGCACUUAACUUGGCCACAGAAAGAAGAUGCUCUCCAAGAGAGAGAUUCCGUUAUUACUCCCCUCAGGAUCAUGAAAAAUUUAUUCAGAACAGAAGCUCACGUGAGCUUCGGGCCUAUAUUCAAAAUGCGGAGCUGUAUGGACAAUAUGGCCAUGCCAGGUCUGACUAUGCACUGCGGAAUCAGGUGGUUGAUAAGUUUUUUGGAUUGUAUGGUGAUGAAGACUCCUGGUGUUCAACUUCAUCCUCAUCAUCUGAUUCUGAAGAGGAAGGAUAUUUUCUAGGACAGCCAAUUCCACAGCCACGGUCAUUGAGAUAUCCAUACUAUACAGAUGAUCUUUCUGGUCCAACUACUGCAUUAUCUAGUUCUCAGUUUGGACAAAGGACAACCAAAUCAAAGAAGAAGAGGGGGCACAAAGGAAAAAAUUGUAUUAUAUCUUAAUUAAUUACUAGUAUUUCUUAAUUGGGAGGACCAGUCAAUUCUGUAGCUACAGUUUGAACCACAUCUUUUUAUAUUAAUAAUUGUACUUAGGCAAGUUGCUGAAGUUCAUAAUGCUUUGCCACUGUAAAUGAUAACCGUGCCAGAGUUUACAUUGUAAAAGUAACAUUCAGAAAUGUCACCACGCCAAAUAUCUACUCAGAUUAGGUUUACAUACUGUGUUUCAGCUGUCAAAAUACUUUUACUGUAGUUCUUAAUACAGACUUUUUGUAGACAUUUUAUUUUAUGCUCGCUAUUCACCAACGUUGAAUUAUCUGAGAGAAAAUUCGACAAAGAUGAAUAAAUAAAAAUGUCAGUCCUGUGCUGUAGCUAUAGACACACAGGGUGAUAUUUGACUUCUUCCUCUUGCUGCCAAGAAAAAGAAGGUUCUAUACUAUGCCCUUUCUUCACUGAUAAAGCUCACUCUUCCUCAUUCAAGUUGCCGUACAAAAACUGGAUUCUUUUUAUUUGGGGAAAAUGCUCUUUAAGAAAGCAAAAAUCAUAAUGUGAGGGCUGAAAUUCUUGAAGCCUUGAUGUAUCCUAAAGCAGCAGUGAAUGUUCUGUACAUUUAACUUUCAUGGGUUUUCCUCUACAAUUUUUUGAGAAAGUGUGAGGUUAUUGGUUUUGUUUUGGGGUUUUUUUCAUGCCUGUUUAAAGGAAGAUAUUAAUUCGGCUUCUGGAAUUGGCCUUAGCUGCCAAUGAGUGGUGAUGUUUUUUCUGCCAUGCCCCCCACUCCUUAACAGUGAGAGAGGUACAACUACUGGAGUCCUUUGCUCAGGCAUGUAACCCCAUUUAAGUCAAUGGAUCUACUUACGUAACAAAUAUUUUCAUAUGGGCUUAAAGGAUUAGGCUCCAGAAUUGUGUCUUUUCACAUGCAUUAUCCAGGUUUUAAAAUGUAUUAGCUGCAAUUCUAAGUCAAAAAAACAUUGAUAUUUAUAAUGUAGUAUUUCAUAGGCUUAAAUGUAUUCAUAAUUUAACAGUGCAAAUACUAAUGUACAUAUUGUACAGUUAAAAUUUUAAAAUCUGAGUAUUUUUAUAUCCCUGAAUUUGAAGAAGUUUGUUACAAUAUCAAACUAGAUUUGUUAGGGGUUUAACAGCAGUGUUAUGGAUGAAAUAUUGCUUGUAUUUUAGUCAGGGGGUUUAAGUUGAAAAAUGUUCAGUGCAAAACAGCUUAAUUUUGUCUACUAGGUAUUAAAAGCUCUAUGUGCAUGGUGGGGCUAUGUAAAUACUCUCUGUGGCCCUCUUAAUCUUGCAAGUAUUAUUUAUGGGUCAAGCAAAAUGUAAACUAUAUAAAUGUAAAAACCACACAAGCUUGGAAUAUAUCAUUACAACCAGUAUGCAACUCCUGUGGAUGUGGAUUUUUUUUUAUUAUUGUUUCCCCUCCUUCCCCAAAAAUAAUUUCUGAAGUUUGCUUACCUAAAGGAAGAGAGAUACUGAGUGGUUCUAGAAGACAAGCUGGCAAAAACUAUGAAGUAGGAGGUAAUCACAGUAGUUGCCUUGAACUCAGAUAUGGAGCAAGAGCUGUUUUAAGUUAUAGUAAACUACUUCCACUCUUUUAAAAAAGGGCAGGAAUUUCUUAACGGUGAUAUCCACUAAUGAAGAUUGUAAAUGCUAAAGCCAUUGGCCUUUUGACUCCCUGAAUAAAGGAAACUAAUGAAAUAAUAGAUGCUUCUUACCAAAAAAAGCCUGUCCAAUGGAACUAAGCUUGCCCUUCUUAAUGAUUGAGAAGUAUGGAAACAAAAGCAGCUAGAAGUAAGGGAGGGAACGAACACAAGUACAGGUUUACACCAAAGAAAAUCAGGCUGUUGCUAAGGGUAAUCAGACUAGCAGUUGCUUGCUUAUAUUUUUCAGGGUAAAAUGAGCAGCAGAUCUUUUCCUCCCAGGGAUGGUACUCACCACACAAGUCACUCUCCCAGUACACACAGGUCUUGUGGAGGCAGAAGCUGAUCAAAGCCAUGCCUGGUCCCUGGCGUGGGCCCAUGUGCUUCCACCUGGCAGCUUUCCUAGCAGCCAUGGGGCUACUGGGCUCCAGCAGAUUACAGCCACCACACUGGUGGGACCUAGGGGCUGGAGAGGCUGACUUGUUCAUAACCUUCCCCAGGAUGCUCCAGCAGUGCUUAGGACCUUCCAUUCUCACCUGUGUUUCCAAAAAUGGGAACCCAGGAUCCUCAGAAACACAAUGGUGUGCCACUAGUGCUGUGUCCCAUGUUGGGCCAAGGAGCAGUCUCAUGGAGAAAUGUCUCCACAAGUAGUUCUUCUGAUGCCACACCAUCUCCUGAGAGGCAGCAGAUGGACUCUCCCAAACUGCAGUACCUUAUGGAAUAUUACAGUUGUUAUUAAUUAAUUAAUUAGGUUGUUAACUGCUUCUUAAUACUUUUUUUAAAAAAAAGCUUAAAGAUGACUAUACAUCUUUAUUUUUUUCAGCUUGACAUAAACAAUAUCUUACUAUUUUUGACAACUUCUUAUGAGAAAUCUUUGUAAUUGAUUGCUCCACCUUGAAGAGAAUGGUGUGGGACAUAGUGUCUGUGACCAGCACAAGACUCGGAUAUAGUCACAAAAGCUCCAACAUGUGGUUAGUGUUA